GUGGUCUGUUCUUCGCGGAGAAGAUGCGUAGUUCAGGCUUCACGACCAUGCUGGACCCGUUCCACUGGAAGUACGGCGACAUCAUGAACUGUCUGCUCUACUUGCCGGCUCUGAUGGGAGACGUCUUCUGGUCCGGCGCCAUUCUGGCGGCUCUAGGUGCCACUCUCAAGGUCAUUAUGGAGUUAGACCUGGAGAUCGCCAUUAUCGUGUCAGCCGCCAUUGCCCUGCUCUACACACUGCUGGGCGGGCUCUAUUCUGUGGCGUACACUGACGUCAUACAGCUCAUAUGCAUGUUUAUUGGUCUGUGGCUGACCAUACCGUUCGCUAUGACGCAUGAGGCUGUCGACUCCAUCACCACCAACAGCUCGGACAAGUGGCUUGGUAGCCUGGAAGGUUCCUACGCCGCCAACUACAUCGACUACUACCUCCUUCUCAUAUGUGGGGGAAUUCCCUGGCAGGUCUACUGGCAAAGAGCUCUCUCUGCCAAGUCUGUACAAGGUGCCCAAAUGCUGAGUUUUCUGGGAGCUAUAGGAUGUCUUGUGAUGGCUGUCCCAGCAGUUCUUGUCGGUGCGGUGUCUGCUUCCACCAACUGGAACGCCACAAGUUACGGCCACCCCGCCCUACUCGAGGAGGAUCGAACCCUGACCCUGGCGCUGGUGAUCCGGCACCUGUGUCCACCAGCAGUCACGUUCAUAGGUCUGGGGGCUGUGUCGGCAGCAGUCAUGUCGUCCACCGACUCCUCGGUACUGUCCUCUAGCUCUAUGUUUGCUAGGAACGUCUUCGGAGUCAUCUACGCCCGGAUAUAUGGCACGAAGCCUUCAGACUCCGUCCAGGUAUGGGUGAUGCGGGGUGCCCAGGUGGUCAUCACCAUCCUAGCCUGUCUGAUGGCCAUCUCGGUCAAGUCUGUCUACGGCCUGUGGCUUCUGUGCUCCGACUUGGUUUUCGUCACAAUUUUCCCCCAGCUGAUCUGCGUCAUGUACCUCAAGGACAGUAACGCCUACGGGUCUCUAGCAUCGUUUGUGCUGGGGCUAGUAUUUCGCCUGUUGGGAGGGGAGAAGUCUUUGGAUUUACCGGCGGCCAUUGAGUAUCCGUGCAUUUAGAUAAAAAGGCAAGUUACGUUGACCAGUCCAGCGAGGUAACGGAGAAGCCAGCCACUCUGAGAGAAAGCGUUAGACAUCGGGACGUGACAGAAGGAGGGGAAAAGAAGCCAGUUAUUAUUACUCAGUUAUAGCCCGACAUAAACUCUUGACUGUCUCUUGAAUACUACCCAGAUCUCAUGUAUAAACUCCCAAAUGUGUAUACUUUUUUUAAAAACCAAAGCAAAUAGUUUUACUAUAGUUUUACUAUAUCUUGUGACUAAGGUUUUCAUUCAUCAAAUUCUAAUUGAACUGUUUUUAAGAAGAAGAAAAAAGUU